AGAGUGCAUGACUCCCAAUUUUAGAACCCGCAGCUCCCACACACAAACCCGCGGCUUCAUAGCGCACUAUGUUACACCCCAUGCGCACCCCUUGCGUGUCUUGAUUCGUUUGGUCAUAAAAUUUACGUGUCACUCUACUAACAAGGGUGCGCACCAUAUCCCCCGCGCAGGUUAGCAUACGGACUUUAUAUUAUUUCCAUUUUCCCCUCCAAAACCACAACUAUCCUUGUUACUGCUAUUGCUAAAAUCGCAAACAACGUCACAACUCAACCAAUAUUUCACAUUCGCCUCUUCCUCAAUCUCCUGCUCCUGAAUUCAGCGUCGUUCGGUUUCAUUCCUACUCUCCAAAGAAACCGCCACGUUCGACUAGAACGAAAUCGCGCAUUGAAUUUUUGAAUCCGCCACUUUCAGGUGCACGAUCGCCGUUUGGUUUCCAACGUGGUUUUCUGAUUCGGAAAGAGUAGAGUGCAAGUUAACUCUCCAUACUAUACUACUAUAUUACUAUUAUUAUCAUUAUUAUUAUUAUUAUUGUUCAUGGUUAACAGUGGCAUCGGUUGAAGAAGAACGUAGAGUAAGUAUAUUUGCAUUGAGGUUUAGGUUAGAAGGAGAAGGAAAACGGCGAAGAAGAGGGAAAGUGAAAGUAGUUUGCGAUUUGAUUCGCACGUGAGUGCAGUGCGCGAGAGGCUCGUGAGUGUGCGAAAAUGCCUCACAGAGCCACGUACUUUUUCCCGCGUCAGUUUCCGGAGCGAGGUUUGGAUGAGUCUUCGAAACAGCUAUUAGAUCACGAGAAAAAGAAGAUCGUCAACUCCAUCAAGCACGAUAGCGACACUCCGAAGAAGCCGCUUCCGACUCCGACCAAAGACGACAACCACUCCGCCGUCUCCGACCUCUUCGCCGGCGGCGGAGACAAGUUACGGACCAAGCACAAGCCAAUCGCCGCCUUCUGCGACUGGCUCAUCGACAAGAAAGUAAGCCACUCUGGCCACCACCACCACUGCAACGGCUACCGCGACCUCCUUCUUCCGCCGGAGAAGGAUGGCGCCGUCGACCAGAGCUUCGAUCGGCAGGUUUCGCUGCCGAGGCUUUCGAGCGGGAGCAGCUAUGCAGGGAGCUUGUUUUCCAGCGACAUUAAGGAAGAAACUUCGUCGUCUCGCGCGCUCACUGUUAUCCCUGCGCACAAGGAUGAGGAGGGAGUAGAGGAGGAGGAACAAAGCAAGGAAAAGUUGGCGAAGAAGUCCAAAGAAAGCUACAUCUUGCAACUCACGUUAGCGAAGAGGCUCACAUGUUUGGCUAGCCUUGUCACCGAACCGGUUCUCAGUCAAGGAACCGAAACCUGGGAUGCCGAAUCCGUUUCUUAUCGCCUAUGGGUGAGUGGGUGUUUAUCGUAUACGGACAAGAUAUCUGAUGGGUUUUAUAACAUAUUGGGGAUGAAUCCGUAUCUGUGGGUGAUGUGUAAUGAUGUGGAGGAAGGUAGAAGGAUACCUACUUUGAUGGCGCUUAAAGCGGUUGAGCCCAGCGAGACUUGUAUGGAGGUGGUGCUGGUUGAUAGACACGAGGACUCUCGCUUGAAGCUGCUUCAGGAUAAAGCGCAAGAGUUGUAUUGUGCUUCUGAGAAUACGUUGGUGUUGGUGGAACAGCUAGGGAAACUUGUUGCCAUUUAUAUGGGUGGUAAGUUCCCGGUGGAGCAAGGGGAUCUCCAUAAGCGCUGGAAGUUGGUUAGUAAAAAGUUGAGGAAUUUUCACAAGUGUGUUGUGCUUCCUAUUGGCAGCCUGUCUUCUGGACUUUGUAGGCAUCGGGCAAUUCUUUUUAAGGUAGUGGUGAAAACAAUCUGGAUUGCUAGUUGUUGUGCAAAGCCUCCUUUUCUCCCCUACGGUUAUUCAAGUUCUUUCCUUCUUCACUCUAGUUCUCCUAUUCUCGGAAACUCGGAAGACUUUGCUCAAGGUUGUGGAAGAAAUUUCGAAAAUAUGUGGUUUGCUGAUGAAUUCGCGCUGCGCGCAGUUCUUCGCGUCGGGCGCGUGGUCAUCAGAGGAUGGCAUUUUGGCAGGCCGCUAGGCGCAGGGAUGUGUGCGCUGGGCGGACUUGGCAAUGUUAACCUCUGGAUGACCCACGCCGGGCGAGAAACAAGCCGCGCCAGGCGCGAUAUCAGUAGCAUACUGACUUUGGGGUUUUCUGGUUUGGCAUUAAGCGCGAUUUUUGCCGCCCUCGGCGUAGGGACUAUUGGGACUAUAGUUGUAGCAAUUGAAUCCAAAGAUGAGCCUGAAUGGAUGGCUCCAGAAUUUCUUCGUGGAGAACCCUCCAAUGAGAAAUCUGAUGUAUACAGUUUUGGAGUUAUACUGUGGGAACUUGUGACCAUGCAACAACCAUGGAGUGGACUUAGUCCUGCCCAGGUGGUUGGAGCUGUGGCUUUUCAGAACAGAAGGCUUGCUAUUCCUCCAAACAUCUCCCCUGCAUUGGCCUCCCUCAUGGAAUCUUGUUGGGCCGAUGACCCUAGUGAACGCCCAUCUUUUGCUGGCAUUGUUGACUCACUAAAGAAGCUGGUAAAAUCUCCAGCAGAAGUGAUAAAGAUGGGGGAUACAUAAAGAAGAUACGCAGCCCGUAAUUGGGUUUACCUGCGACUGAAAUUUGUUACCCUUUUUAUGGAAACCACAACAAACAAUUAACCAGUGUAAUUUUUGGUCCGUACUUCUUUUGUAUUAUUUGAGAAAAAAAGAUUUUUUUUCCUCACAUGUCUUAGGAUAUAUAUACCUUCUAAGUCUAAAAAUUAGACUGAAAAAAUAUAAUUAAUUAUUAUUUCAGCUGUGGUCUCCCCAAAAUGGGUGGAGACAAAAAUUGUUAUAUAGCCCGUGUUUGGAUUGACGUCGAUAAGAAGUUAUCAUAACUUGUUUCUGCGUUAAAUUUGUCAUUUUCUGCGUUAAAUUCGUCAAGACGUGGAUUAUUGACGCUAAGC